CGGCACUGGGUUUGCACGGCGAUUGCGUGAUGCGCAGCCAAUGAGCGACGUCCUCUUUCUAACCCUUGGGCAUAGCCCGACAACGGAGCGGCCCACCAUGCCGGCCUCGACAAUCCUCUACCAAACCCCGGAUCACGGGACUCGGGGCUUUCUGUAGGAAUAAAUGGCGCAGCCCUGCUAUUCUCCCGAGUACGCCCAGGUGCGCCAUGGAGCAGUCUGGCAACCGCCGGAACCGUUCUCGGAGAAGGUCCAGUGCGCCACUUGUUUCAGACACGGCACUGCCUUUUCCGUCAUCUCCAGGAGCCGCACCGAGUCCCGCACGACUUCUGCCUCUUCCAAGGUUCCAAGGUUGUCCCAAGCGUGGCCUCUUAGCAGGCUGCUGGGCCCCCAAACGAAAACAGAGACUCGCAAGCGAAUGCCGGCACUCGCUGCCACUCACCCCUCAUGUCCAAGUUUCUGGUCAAAUUCCCCAGGGUCCAACGCAGACCAUCUGACCCUUGGCCAGCCCUGGGCGGCUCCCUCAGGCCACCACCCGCGCGAGCUAAGGAAAGACGCCAUAUGUGCGGCGACUUCCCGACACCCGCAUGGCGAGACACCCCAAAUUGAUGUCGUGAUUUUGUAAUCUGCUAUACCCGUCGAUCUGCUGCAGGGCGGUUCCACAGCAUCUUACGCAUUUGAUUUAACAAAGCUCUGUUUCAGCAGCAGCGAGCCUGUCAACCACUAAACCCACUGGCUCAUCGCCGGUGAGGCCCCCUUCUGCGUCAUCGACAUC